UGGCUGUGCCAAUUAGCAGGCAGUAGCAGGUGUGAUAAUGAGGUCCAGGCCAGGCCGGGCCAGACUAUGCCAGGCUCUCCACUAGUCACAGCCUUCCUGCUCUCUGUUUCCCCCUCAACAUGUCGGUGUUCGCGUUGCUUCUUUGGGCAUUGUUACUUGGAACGCUGGGAGGUCCGGGUCAGCGCGCGGCAUGGUCGGAGGGAGUAAAUCCCGGCCAGACGAACCAGGAGGGAUCUGGUGUUUCCCCGCGCGCUUCGUUCUACCGCCUGCCCAUGUCCCUGCAUGCACCUGGGCCACUGGUAGCACUCGACCUGCUCCGGCCGGUUCCCCACAAGAGACCGUUUCCCGCCGGACUGACUGCGCUACUGUUACCGACCCCGAGACCACAACAGAGCGUCCAGGAGACGGGUGCACGCGCUGUGGAAGUCUGGUGCAAUCACGACCAGGUGUCUGUGCGCGUGGACCGUUUCCAGCUGCGCGCGUGGAACGCCCCGUCCCUGUUCCGACUGGGCUCGUGCGUAGCCAGCAGCGCCAGCCCCCGCUUCCUGUUCUUCCGCUUCAGACUGACGGAAUGCGGCGGACAGUCCAAGGUUGUUGGUGGUCAGCUGGUGUAUGCUUAUUCUCUGUGGUACACUCCUCCUCCGCAAGGCUACGUCAUCCGAGUCCUACCAAUGAACCUUCCCAUCCAGUGCCAUUACGACAGGUUUCAUUACUCUUACCAAGUUGGCUUCAGACCUCAGGUCCAGCACACAACCUUGAUAAAGAGCAUCAGGAGUAAACGCAGCUACAGCCUCACUGUCUGCAAUGCCCAGGGGGAGCCCAUCCCUCCAGGCCACUGGUUCUUUUUAGGGGAGCCAGUGUAUUUUGUGGCCCAGACAGGAGUGCUGCUUGCUGGGGAGAGGCUUUAUGCAGAUGCAUGCUAUGCCACGAGCUCCAAAGACCCAAGCAGCAUGCCCAAAGUGGACAUCAUUACUAACUAUGGCUGCAUGGCCGACAGCAAUAGGGAGGGCAGCAGCUCCCGGUUCCUGUCGGGAGGGGGCAGUGUGCUGAAGUUCUCUGUGGAUGCCUUUCUGUUCAGAGCAGUCUCACAAGUGCUGUACCUCCACUGUUCAAUGUCAGUCGGGUUCAGCGCGUCCCCCAGCUCAAAGUCCUGCAGCUACAACGAGACUGCUGGCAGGUGGGAGGAGCUGGAGGCCACAGCCUCAGUAUGCGCCUGCUGUGAUUCCAUCUGCACGGACAUGCAGGACUCUAUCGGGAACACAGUGAGCAGUCCAGGCUGGCUCAUUGGACAAAGGGCUGAAGAGAAACCAAGGAUGAAGGUGAUGUCUUUUCAAGCAGAGGAGGAAAGACAAAGGCUGGAUCAUGAAGAGAAGAGGGGUGAAAGACUGGAUGAGCACCUUAAGAAAGUCCGCACUUUUCCACAGGAGACACAGACUGGCCAUGAGGAGGAGAAUAAAGAAGCCAUUGCUGAGAAGACUGCUGUGAAGACCGAAUGGAGGCACAGUGCUGCAGCCGGCCAGCAGGGAAAGAGAGGACAGGAUGAAGGCAAGACGGAAGAUGUGCCUACGGAAGAGGCAGACAGCAGGCUGGAAGAGUUAGCAACAGAUGACCUAAUAAUGCCGGAUAAUGUUGGAGCUCCACCUGGUGCCAGUACACUUGGUUCUCUGGAUUCAAAAGAGUUAGCAACAUAUGACAUGGUUAUGGAAGAGGCAGACCGCAGGCUGGAAGAGUUGGCAACAGAUGACUUGGUUAUCUCUGACCAGACUGGACCAGAGGAGGCCAGGGAGGAGCUACUCUCUGGGAGCCAUUUGUCCAGUGACUACAGCAGCACUAAUGCUUUAGGAGAUUCUUAUAGUCCCACCACUAUCACUGCAAGAGAGUUUUCAAGUUUUGGUAUAGGUAAUGAUAAUGCAAGUAAUCGUGGUCCUACUGAACAGGUUUCCACAAUUGUGAUUCCAAUCAUUAAACUAUGCCCUAACGGUGAUCCAAAGAGUUGCAGUGCCCCUAUUAAUAGUACAGGACACGGUGUCAUUUUUUCGCCUAUCAGUGCAGAGAGCUUUCCCCCGAAUAAUGUUGGAGCUCCACCUAGUGCCAGUACACUUGGUUCUCUGGAUUCAAAAGUCAAUGUGAGUCCAUUUGGCAGUAGGCCUGAGAUAUUAGUGGGGACACAUUCGGCCACCAAGGACCUUGAAAUGGACCCCCCAGGUUUUUCUGAUGUCAGCAAGUCAGGAAAGAGCAGGCUGGAGUCUGAUGAGUCAGACCCUCUAUUGUGGUCAGAGUCGGACCCUCAGCUGUGGUCAGAACAAGUCAAGUCUGGAAGAAGUCAGAAGUCAGUGGACACAAAGUCUGACGGGAUGCAAGCGCACACAAACGGUACAGGAGCUCUUGGAGAUGAUUCUAUGCUUCACAGUCCACAGCUCAGAGGGUUAGACUCAGACCAGUCUGGGUUCAGGGACCCGAUCUUUGGAGACGGGUCACUUGGCGAGUCAGAUUUUGAUUCUGGAAUUGAAAAAGGUGAAGCUCGUCACUUGGGUCAAUUUACUGGAGCAGUGAAGACAAAGAGGCAGGAUGAAGUACAAGAAUUUUCAAAAACCAUUACAAGACCACACAGGGUCAGUUCUGGUUCGGUUAGUUCAGAGGGAAUGCUUCAAGACAGCCCCAGUUCCUCAGAUGUGGUGACCGUUAUCACGAGCCGGCAUGGUUCGGAGAGCAGCCAGGCGUCUGACUGGGACUGGGCCUGGUUGGUGCCAGGAUGGGGCAAGGAGUGGAGACGGAAGGAGAUGGAUGACUUCUAUUAAGAUAAGACUGAUAGACUUGUUCUUGGAGGUGUUGACGUUUGGUGUUGGAGGAACAGAUGGAAACACUCCCAUGCAGUCUAAUCCAAUUAAACAGCCCACCGAAUAAUCUUAUCUUUUAAUAAAGAUUAUCAAAUUCAGUUUUUGUUGACUGGUCCACUGCUGUAUACAUAGACAAAAUAUUGGAAACACGUUUCACUAUGAUGCAUCUAGCAUAACGUCACCACAAACCAACAGUUGGUUCAUGUCUGAAUGGGACUGAACCAAACCAUGCUGAGCUGUUGUAUGAUGGUGAGCUAUUCCAACAUGGAUGAGGGAGAGAAUCCACACACAGAGCAUCAGCAGGAGCAAGUCAAUCUCACCAGGCUUUCAUCACAACUGAUUGAAACCUUACAACCAUUUAUUUCAAAGGUUCUAGGUUUGUGGAACAUUGCUGGAAACCUCCAGGACCAUCAACAGUCGAGUGGAACAUUGGAACUCCCGAACUGCUCCUAUGGAAAGUGGAGGACUUGAAACCAGGCUGGACUUUCAGGCAAAUUUAUGUCCGAACUGGAGCAGAGCGUGGUGUUCAGCUGGCUGUAUCCAUGUAGUAGGUUUGAAUAAUAAACUUCUCCGACCAAGCCCA